AUGGUUACGGGUGCUCCUCCCUUCGAGCGUCCGGAUGAUGCGGACCCUCGAUUCCAGAUGAUCGCCCAGGGCCUCAUGAGUGACAUGCUAGACUCGUGGGGUAUGGAUCACGUUUCUGCCAAUGUGCGUGACUUGAUGUCGAAAAUGCUGAUCGUGGACGACCCGUCUCGGCGUCUGACAGUAGAGCAGAUUGCCAUGCACCCGUGGAUCCAGGGCGGAUAA